AUGACAUGGUUUAAAUUUUAUUCUUUCCUUUUCGUUUUCGCACAGUUGUCAGAAGCAAUUUUCCAACUAUGUCUGCCCGCGCUGCAACUUACGAUAUUGUUCACUUGCAUGCUAUAAAGAUACUCAACAUGCCAACUGUACUGAGUCUUUUUACAAGGACACCAUUGUAGACGAAAUAAAAAAUCAGCAACUCGAUAGUGAAAGUAAAGCCAAGAUGUUGGAAGUAUUACAGCGUUUAGAACAAGAGAACAAAAUUGAAGCUGCCACUGAGGAUGACGAUGAGGAUGACGAUGAGGAUGACGAUCUUGUUGAGCGUUUCCAAAAUAUCGACAUUGACAAUGCCGAUCCGAAUGUUAUAUGGAAUCUGUUAUCAGAUGAGCAAAAAGAAGAAUUUAGGGAAAUGUUGAAAGGCAAUCAUUGGAAAGAUUUGGUAUCUUCUCAUUUACCUACAUAUGUACCUUGGUGGACAUUCCCUAAACAAGUUAUACUUUCAGAUGAUAAUAACGGCGUCAGCAGCAAUCAUACGACUAUACCCGGGUUUCCCGUCUCUAUACCUGAUUUCACCGAUAUAGCACCACAACCCUCAACGCGAUCGAGUCAACAUAUCCUUUGGAAUUUAGCACAUAUUUUAGGCACCUACAGCUAUUUAAUGCGACAUACUAUGGGUGAAUUAUCGUUUAAAGAAGUAGGAAGUGAAGAAGAGGGAAUAGAAGUGAUUGAUCUAUGUUCUACACUUUCAGCACAUGUACUAUUCAGCCAAGCAAAAACUUGUCCUUUCAGAAACAUCAAUGAUCUAAUUGUCGACUUGGUAGAACAAAUAAAUGUUACUGAACAGCAGUGGCAGCAAGAUGAUCCGUUAUCCUCCGUUAUUCAUAUGAAACGAUACGAUUUGAAAUUGCUUUUAUUAGAAGAUAUCAAAAUACUUCUCUUUGAUUGCAAACGAGCUUUAUACCAUUUUUGGGAGACUUUAAAUGGAAUUGUUGUGGAUAGCUUGAAGAAAAGUAAAAAGAGAAAAAGCGUUUUGCUGGCAACGCGUAAAUUGUAUUUUUAUUUAGCAGCUGGUGGUUAUUUCUUAGAUAAAGAUAAGGACAGGUUGGAUAUGAUCAGAUUGUCCAUUGAAAACGAAAUUAUUCGAGUCAAUACGGAAAAAGAAGAAUUUCAAAAAGAUGUAGACGCAGCGAAAGAAAGCAUACGUCAACCAAAGCAGCAUAAUGAUGGUAGUGAUAGUAGUAGUAAUAUUAAUUAUAAUAAUAAUAAUAAUAAAAUAGAGGAAUUGUCAUAAGAUAUAUUCCACUUGUGCAUUUGCUGUUUGUUCAGAGCUUUGAUUUCGAACCAUCAUCUACGUCGUGUGAAGGCUUGUCAUUAAUUCUAUCUAUGGUUUUUUUUAUUUGCGGAAUGAUCAAGUCUGGCGCUUCAUUAGGCACCAUAUGUGUUCCCUCAACAAAAUCAAUGGUAAUUUUCUUUUUGUUUUCAUUCACUACAGUGCCUGCUUCUUCUGGGGAGCAACUAUACCAUUGAUCAGCGUUAGAUUGCAGUCAGGCAUUUACUUGGUUUCUUUGAAG